GUUGAUGAAGACGGGCAGCCAUCCUUGCCCUCGGUGAACACCAGAGUAGUGGUAUCAUCACUGCCAUCAUCAUCGCCAGACAAAAUGCUGUCACCAUCUCUUUCAUCAGCUUCCUCUGUGUUGCUUACACCCAGACCAGAAAAUAUCCUGGAUCCACGAUGUAAAUUGAGAUUAGAUCAAGGGUCAUGUCGUGUGUAUAUAAUAAAAUGGUACUAUGAUAAACAAGCUAAUGCCUGUGCUCAGUUUUGGUAUGGCGGUUGUGACGGAAAUGCAAAUCGCUUUGAUACUGAAGAUGAAUGUAAAAAGGCCUGUGUAUUUCAUUCUGGAGAAGACUAAAGUUUGAUAUGAAUUCUGCAACAAAGACAACUUCUUUUUUUAAGUAAAAACUGAAAGUUUUACACAAAUGCUGUUUUUACACGUCAAGUAUUUUGAUAUCAUACUUAAAUAGAUCACUGUACAUCAGCUUACAAUCUGAAAGCAAAUACUA